CUAGGACAGAUCAGACCUAUUGCAACAAUGCCUGAAAUAAAUACUGAUAAGCUGGAUAAGGAACAGGUUCAACUUCUGUCAGAGAUGUGUAUUCUUAUUGAUGAAAAUGACAACAAGAUUGGAGCUGAUACCAAGAAGAACUGCCAUCUGAAUGAAAACAUUGACAAAGGAUUAUUGCAUCGAGCUUUCAGUGUCUUCUUAUUCAACAGUGAAAAUAAGCUUUUGGUGCACGAAAGGUCACUUGCUAAAAUUAGCUUUCCAGGUUGUUAUACCAAUUCUUGUUGUAGUCAUCCAUUAAAUUAUCCAGGAGAGAUUGAAGAAAAGAAUGCAUUGGGAGUAAAAAGAGCAGCUCAGAGGCGUCUACAAUCUGAAUUAGGAAUUCCCAUUGGAGAGAUUCUUCCAGAAGAUUUUACUUAUAUAACAAGAUUUUACUACAAGGCUCGUUCCGAUGAUAUAUGGGGAGAACAUGAAAUUGAUUACAUUUUGUUUGUGAAGAAGAAUGUAGCUUUGAAUCCAAAUCCCAAUGAGGUUAAAAGCUGCAAGUAUAUGUCAAAAGAAGAAGUAAAAGAGCUUCUGAAAAAGGCAGCCAGUGGUGAACUUGUGGUAACUCCUUGGUUUAAGAUUAUUACAGAUAAUUUUCUUUUCAAGUGGUGGGAUAGUAUAGAUAAUUUGAAGGAGUUUAUUGACCAUGAGGUUAUACACAGACUGUGAUGAGUGUGUAAUUAGUGAAAUACUGAAAUUUUUCUCUCUUUAGUAAACUUAAAAGUGCAUUUAAUUAUUUAAUGUUCUAAAACUAUUUUGUUCCCAUUUUAGAGACCUGUCAUUUGAAAAAUUGACACUUUUCAACCAAAUUGUGGAAAAAAUACAAACGUCUUUUGUAUCACAAACCAUUUAUAUACAGUGCAAUCUAUAAAAGGCACAUAUGAAUAGUUGUAGAAAAGAGCACAAAGUGUCUAAGCACAUAAUCAAGACAAAUUUGAACAGAUUAGUGAAGCUCUUUGUUGCUAUUAUGAGGAAAUAAACAUUUAUAGGACACUGAGAAUUUUGCCAUUUGCCAACUGGUUUACUAUCAUGAAAAUUUUAUAAAAGUCAAGGAAAAUAUUCAUUGGGCACUAUUUGCUUAUCAAAUAUUUAGAAUGUAACUUUGAAACAGUUCAGGGUCAGAGCAUUUGCCUUGCAUGGAGUCACACCUAAAAAUGCUCAGGAGU